GAUAUAGAACAAAUUCCCGCUCAACAACGUGUUUUAGGAAAAGAAAGUAGUCAACGGCCAAAAAUGUCCUAUGCUAAUGGAGGAGUACUAAAUGGCGAAGAUGAUGAAGAUCAAGUAGAGAGAACAUUAAAUUACUUUGACUCGAUUAUAGAUCAAUACCUAAGUGAUCAAGACGAUGAUAACCGCAAAGAUCAUCGAUCUUCCAGUAUCAAUGGUAAUACAACGACAAUAAUAAAUAUUAAUCCACCAUCAUCUCAUCCCAUUAAACACCUCGAUAAUGAAUAUCACAAGCCAUCAUCUCGACGUAAUACCAACAGUUUAUCUAAUCAAGAUAUAAACGUCUUACAUAUAAAAGCAUCGGAAAAAUUAUUAUCAUCCUCACAACAACAACAACCACAGCAACAGCAACAGCAACAGCAGCAACAACAACAACAACAACAACAACCACAGCAACAACAACAACAGCAACAUCAACAACAACAUACUGAUGAUUUGGAGAAUACAAAUGAUAAUAGAGUACGUAUUCAUACCAAGGCAUUCACUUUAAUUAAUUAUUUAUUAUUUAGCAAAAAUGUAUAUUUUUUUGUGUUCUAGAAUAAUUCAAAAAAA